UUUAGACAGGAUCACUCAACAGCCUCCCCCUUUAGCCACCAGCCUGACUCCUUGAGGGUGUGAACCACUCUAGCUGACUGGCCCGCAAAGCAACUGGACGUCUAGUAUGCUGCAGCCAGCACCCACCCUGGAGCCACUUCUGCCUGUGCUCCUGGCUCUGCUGGGCAUGGCCUGGGCAGAGACGUGGCCGUUGCAACUACAGGAGAGGCCCGCUAUGCUGCUCGGAGGCCUGAGCAGGAAGGAGCGCUUCCAGCUUCUCUCCCUACACAACCGUCUGCGCAGUAGAGUCCACCCACCGGCUGCCAACAUGCAGAGAAUGGACUGGAGUGAGAGGCUGGCUCGACUGGCUCAGGACCGGGCCACCCUCUGCGGGGCCCUGGCAUCGAGCCUGGCAGCCAGCCCAGAGCACCCUCGACAGAUGGGCUGGAAUGUGCAGCUGCUGCCUGCGGGCUCGGCAUCCUUUGUCGAAGUGAUCAACCUGUGGUUCGCAGAGGGGCAGCAGUAUAGCCAUGCCGCAAAUGAGUGCACCCGCAACGCCACGUGCACCCACUACACGCAGCUUGUGUGGGCCACCUCGAGCCAGCUGGGCUGUGGGCAGCAUCGCUGCUCUGUGAACCAGGCAGAGAUGGAGACCUUUGUGUGUGUCUACUUCCCAGGAGGCAACUGGGAGGUGAAUAGAAAGAUGAUUGCACCCUAUAAGAAAGGUGCCUGGUGCUCACUCUGCACAGCCAGUGUCUCCGGAUGCUUCAAAGCCUGGGACCACGCUGGGGCGCUCUGUGAGGUCCCCAGGAACCCGUGCCGCAUGAGCUGCCAGAACCAUGGACGCCUCAAUGUCAGCACCUGCCACUGCCACUGCCCCUCUGGCUACACAGGCCGAUACUGCCAAGUGCGGUGCAGCGUGCGGUGUGUGCACGGCCGGUUCCGGGAAGAGGAGUGCUCCUGCGUCUGUGAUGUGGGUUUCGGGGGUGCCCAAUGCACCGCCAAGGUCCACUUCCCCUUCCAUACCUGUGACCUGAGGAUCGAGGGGGACUGCUUCGUGGUGUCCUCGGAGGCAGACACUUACUACGGAGCCAAAAUGAAAUGUCAGAGACCAACAACAAAGUGGCCGACAGUGACUUUGAGACCAGGAACUUCUGGAUUGGCCUCACCUACAAGGCUGCGAAGGACUCCUUCCGCUGGACUAUGGGGCAGGACCAGUCGUCCUUCACCAGCUUUGCCUUCGGACAACCUGACAACCAGGGGUUUGGCAAUUGUGUGGAGCUGCAGGCAUCGGCUGCCUUCAAUUGGAACGACCAACGCUGUAAAACCCGAAACCGAUACAUCUGCCAGUUUGCUCAGAAGCACAUUUCCCGGUGGGACCCAGGACCCUGAGGCCCUGCAUCUCCUCUGCCAGCCCUUGGGUCCACCAGCCUUGCUUCCCUGUCUGCCCACAUGCCUGGAACAGGGGCCAGGCUAAGACCACAUGCCCAGCAUCCAAGGAAAUCUCAAGCCAACACAGGGAGCAGGGCAGAAGGUGCAGUAAGGCCAUGGAGGACGGAGGGCCUGCGGAGCCUGACU